AUGACAACACUUCAGACAUAUGAUAUGUUGCAAGGGGAAGUAUUUCCCUUUGAAAAUUCUUCGGUACCACAACCUUUACUGCAACAAACCAUUUUAUCGCAAUCAACGCAAACGCUGGAAAGCAUAAAU